UCAUCAACUGCAGCAAUCACAAAUGUCUUCUGGCAGCGUACCAUCAAUGGUCAACCCUCAACAAUCAACAUUGAUGGUGUUAAUUUCUCUGGAGCUACCACAGGCUCCCCAUCUCUGAACAUCAUCACAGCUUCUACCACAGAUUCUGGAACAUACACCUGUUUUGCUUCUAACUCCGCUGGAACUGGAAGUGAUUCAACACAGUUAACUGUUUCUGGAACUAUCCCGUCCGUUGAUAUCCCCCUAACCUCCUAUACCACCAAUGACGGAACUACCUACAACAUUCCAUGUUCUGUAUCAUCAACUGCAGCAAUCACAAAUGUCUUCUGGCAGCGUACCAUCAAUGGUCAAACCUCAUCAAUCAACAUUGAUGGUGUCAAUUUCUCUGGAGCUACCACAGGUUCCCCAUCUCUGAACAUCAUCACAGCUUCUACCACAGAUUCUGGAACAUACACCUGCUUUGCAUCUAACUCCGCUGGAACUGGAAGUGAUUCAACACAGUUAACUGUUUCUGGAACUCUCCCAUCCGCAGUCGUCAGUCAGGCGACUUAUACUGUUGCUACUGGUUCAACUAUUGUGCUUGUUUGUACUGUGAGCGGAAACCCAUCGGUCACAGGUGUUUCUUGGCAGAAAACAGUCAAUGGUGUCUCUCAAACCGUGGACACUUCUAUUAGUAACAAAUACAGUGGGUCAACAACAGCUUUUCCCUCUCUGGUCAUCUUUAAUGCUGCAAGUACAGAUGCUGGAAACUACGUCUGUUUUGCAACAAAUAGUGUUGGAACCUCUCAGAGUUCAGCAACAACACUCGCUGUCACAGGAAGUGUGCCAACUGUUCAGAUACAACAGGCUGUCUACACUGCUACCACUGGUACCUCCAUCACUCUUGUUUGUACCGUGACGGCUAACCCAACCCAUACGUCUGUAUUCUGGCAACGUAACGUUGGUUCAGGCACACAGUCUAUUAACAUUGAUGGUAUCAACUACUCCGGCUCUGCAGUCAAUUCUCCAUCUCUGACUGUUCUCAAUGUUGACCCUGCUGACAGUGGUACCUAUACCUGUUUUGCCACCAACGCUGUGGGACAGGGAAAUAGCCAGGCUACCACACUGUCCGUCUCAGGAAGUCUACCUGUGGUCACCAUUGCCCAGCAAUCCUACUCAGUUGUCACUGGACAGUCGGUCACACUGGGAUGUACAGUGUCUGCCUCACCUACCCAUUCCAAUGUUUUCUGGCAGCGUAUAGACAAUGGUGUGGCUAACACAAUAUCCAUUGAUGGAGCCAAAUACUCUGGAUCCACGGUCAAUAAUCCAUCCUUGACCAUCACCAAUGCUGGUAGCAAUGACAACACAGUGUACACAUGUUCAGCAACAAAUGCUGUGGGAACUGGAACCAGUGGUCAAACCUCACUCAGUGUCACAGGAAGUCUACCUGUGGUCACCAUUGCCCAGCAAUCCUACUCAGUUGUCACUGGACAGUCGGUCACACUGGGAUGUACAGUGUCUGCCUCACCUACCCAUUCCAAUGUUUUCUGGCAGCGUAUAGACAAUGGUGUGGCUAACACAAUAUCCAUUGAUGGAAGCAAAUACUCUGGAUCCACAGUCAAUAAUCCAUCCUUGACCAUCAGCAAUGCUGGUAGCAAUGACAACACGGUGUACACAUGUUCAGCAACAAAUGCUGUGGGAACUGGAACCAGUGGUCAAACCUCACUCAGUGUCACAGGAAGCCUACCAACAGUCACUGUUUCACAGACGGUUAGAUCUAUAGUCACAGGGACAACAGUGACCUUACAGUGUUCUGUCUCUGCCAAUCCCACACAUACAAGUGUGUUCUGGCAGUUUACUCCCACCAAUGGCGGGACUACCACACUGUCAAUAGACAAUGUUAAUCAUGGUGGAUCAUCAGUCAACAGUCCAUCAUUGACCGUGUUCAAUGCCAACAGUCUUGACCAGGGCACAUACGUCUGUUUUGCCAGCAAUCUAGUUGGAACAGGACAGAGUCCCCAGGUCUUGCUGUCGGUGACAGGAAGUCUGCCCGUGGUCACCAUUGCCCAGCAAUCCUACUCAGUUGUCACUGGACAGUCGGUCACACUGGGAUGUACAGUGUCUGCCUCACCUACCCAUUCCAAUGUUUUCUGGCAGCGUAUAGACAAUGGUGUGGCUAGCUCAAUAUCCAUAGAUGGAAGCAAAUACUCUGGAUCCACGGUCAAUAAUCCAUCCUUGACCAUCAGCAAUGCUGGUAGCAAUGACAACACAGUGUACACAUGUUCAGCAACAAAUGCUGUGGGAACUGGAACCAGUGGUCAAACCACACUCAGUGUCACAGGAAGUCUGCCCUUGGUCACCAUUGCCCAGCCAUCCUACUCGGUUGUCACUGGACAGUCAGUCACACUGGGAUGUACAGUGUCUGCCUCACCUACCCAUUCCAAUGUUUUCUGGCAGCGUAUAGACAAUGGUGUGGCUAACACAAUAUCCAUUGAUGGAACCAAAUACUCUGGAUCCACGGUCAAUAAUCCAUCCUUGACCAUCAGCAAUGCUGGUAGCAAUGACAACACAGUGUACACAUGUUCAGCAACAAAUGCUGUGGGAACUGGAACCAGUGGUCAAACCACACUCAGUGUCACAGGAAGUCUGCCCUUGGUCACCAUUGCCCAGCCAUCCUACUCAGUUGUCACUGGACAGUCAGUCACACUGGGAUGUACAGUGUCUGCCUCACCUACCCAUUCCAAUGUUUUCUGGCAGCGUAUAGACAAUGGUGUGGCUAACUCAAUAUCCAUUGAUGGAAGCAAAUACUCUGGAUCCACAGUCAAUAAUCCAUCCCUGACCAUCACCAAUGCUGGUAGCAAUGACAACACAGUGUACACAUGUUCAGCAACAAAUACUGUGGGAACUGGAACCAGUGGUCAAACCUCACUCAGUGUCACAGGAAGUAUACCUGUGGUCACUAUAGGUGCACCCACCUACUCAGUUGUCACUGGACAGUCAGUCACACUGGGAUGUACAGUGUCUGCCUCACCUACCCAUUCCAAUGUUUUCUGGCAGCGUAUAGACAAUGGUGUGGCUAACUCAAUAUCCAUUGAUGGAAGCAAAUACUCUGGAUCCACAGUCAAUAAUCCAUCCCUGACCAUCAGCAAUGCUGGUAGCAAUGACAACACAGUGUACACAUGUUCAGCAACAAAUGCUGUGGGAACUGGAACCAGUGGUCAAACCACACUCAGUGUCACAGGAAGUAUACCUGUGGUCACUAUAGGUGCAACCACCUACUCAAUAGUCACUGGACAGUCAGUCACACUGGGAUGUACAGUGUCUGCCUCACCUACCCAUUCCAACGUUUUCUGGCAGCGUAUAGACAAUGGUGUGGCUAACUCAAUAUCCAUUGAUGGAAGCAAAUACUCUGGAUCCACGGUCAAUAAUCCAUCCUUGAGCAUCAGCAAUGCUGGUAGCAAUGACAACACAGUGUACACAUGUUCAGCAACAAAUGCUGUGGGAACUGGAACCAGUGGUCAAACCACACUCAGUGUCACAGGAAGUAUUCCCGUGGUAACUAUUGGUCAAGUCCAGUACUCCAUAGUCACCGGCCAGACGGUGGUUCUGGGUUGUACAGUAGCAUCUUCCCCAGCCCACACAUCAGUUUUAUGGCAACGCACAAUCAAUGGAAUUACCAACAAUGUCGUCAUCAAUAACAACAAGUACCAAGGUGGUACAGUAAACAGUCCUAGCCUCACAAUCACCAAUGCUGCUGCCGGGGAUCUGGCCACUUACACCUGUUCUGCCACCAACAUUGUAGGAACCGGAACCAGUACUACCACAACCCUCACUGUCACAGGAAGUAUUCCAGUGGUCAAUGUUGACCAGGCCCAGGUCUCUGUAGUUACCGGUCAGACAACCACUCUGGGUUGUACGGUUACUGCCAACCCAGCCCACACUGCUGUGUUCUGGGUGCGCACAAUCAAUGGAGUUGCCACCACUCUGACCAUUGAUGGCUCCAAGUACCAAGGCUCUACAGUAAACAAUCCAGACCUCAUAAUCACCAACGCUGCUGCCGGUGAUCAGGCCACUUACACCUGCUCUGCUACCAACAUUGUAGGAACCGGAACCAGUACUACCACAACCCUCACUGUCACAGGAAGUACCCCCGUGGUAACUAUUGCCCAGCCAUCCUACUCUGUCGUCACUGGGCAAACUGUUGUUUUGGUUUGUACCGUCACUGCUGACCCUACACAUACACAAGUCUCCUGGCAGCGCACAGUGAAUGGUGGAACUAACACAAUAGCUAUUAAUGGAGUUAAGUUCCAGGGCUCUGUUCCAAACACCCCAUCACUGACCAUCACCAGUGCAGCGGCAUCUGACCAGGGCUCGUACACAUGUUCAGCCAGCAACGCCGUCGGAACAGGAACGAGUACCACAACCACGUUGACUGUGACUGGAAGUAUCCCAGUUGUGCAGAUUGCUCAGCCUUCCUACUCGGUAAUCACUGGCACCGAUGUUACACUACAGUGUACUGUGACGGCUAACCCGGCUCACAGCACAGUGUUCUGGCAGAAAAUCACCAAUGGUGUCACGACCAAUAUUGUCAUCGACGGAAGCAACUAUGGUGGCUCAACCGUCAACUCUCCUAGCCUGAUAGUGUACAACCCUAACAACGCAGAUGAGGGGACAUAUACAUGCUUUGCAACGAAUAUUGUAGGGACAGGACAAAGUGCUCAGACUACGCUGGCUGUUACUGGCAAUCUUCCAGUGGUGGUAAUUUCCCAGAAUGCCUACUCAGUUACAACUGGUCAGUCUAUCACACUUGUGUGCACAGUCACUGCUACUCCUGGUCACAGUGUUGUAUACUGGCAGCGUAUAGACAACGGAGUGGCUUCCCAACUGAGCAUUGAUGGAACUAAAUACACUGGAUCUACAGUUAAUACUCCGUCACUGACCAUUAAUAAUGCAGCAGCAAAUGACCAGACCUUGUACACGUGCUCGGCUACAAACGCUGUAGGGACGGGGACCAGCGGUCAGACUUCUCUAAGUAUAACUGGAAAUGUACCUGUUGUGAACAUUCUUCAGAACGCGUACUCUGUUGUGACUGGCAUGACUGCCACAUUAGAAUGUACUGUAACAGCUGACCCCGCACAUACCUCCGUCUAUUGGCAGCGUACCCAAAAUGGUGUCCCCCAAAGCAUCCUUAUAGAUGGACUUAAUUAUGGCGGGUCCACCACCAACUCUCCAUCCCUGAUUGUAUAUAACGCAAACACUGCUGAUCAAGGAGUGUACAUCUGUUUCGCCACCAACAUUGUGGGAACCGGACAGAGUGCCAACACUGUACUGUCCGUCACAGGAAGUUUACCUGUUGUGGUAAUUCCCCAGAACACUUACUCAGUUACAACUGGUCAGUCUAUCACACUUGUGUGCACAGUCACUGCUACUCCUGGUCACACUGUUGUAUACUGGCAGCGUAUAGACAAUGGAGUGGCUUCCCAACUGAGCAUUGAUGGAUUCAAAUAUACUGGAUCUACAAUUAAUACUCCGUCACUGACCAUUAAUAACGCAGCAGCAAAUGACCAGACCUUGUACACGUGCUCGGCUACAAACGCUGUAGGGACGGGGACCAGCGGUCAGACCUCCCUAUCUGUAACUGGAGCUCCUCCAACACCAUCCAUUGCACAGACUGCAUACAGCGUGAUUACAGGCCAGAGCAUAACUCUUGUAUGCACUGUGACCUCUGACCCAGCACACUCGACAGUCUACUGGCAGCGCUUCAACAAUGGACAGGCACAGUCUAUCACCAUUGAUGGCAACAAAUAUUCAGGUGCUACUGUCAAUUCUCCAAGUCUCGUGAUCUCCAAUGCCGCAGCCUCCGACCAGGGAUCGUACAUCUGUUUUGCCACCAACACUGUUGGGACAGGACAGAGUUCCCAGACUGUGCUUAGUGUCACAGGAAGCCUACCUGUUGUGGUGAUUGCCCAACCCUCGUAUUCUGUCAUCACUGGCCAGUCCACCACCUUGGUGUGUACUGUAUCAUCUAACCCAGCACACACACAAGUCUACUGGCAGCGAAUUGAUAAUGGAGUCGCAGUAAACAUAAAUCUUAACAACAACAAGUACAGCGGAUCCACCAUCAGCAACCCAUCACUUACUAUUUCUAAUGCUGAGGCUAAUGAUGCAACUGUCUACACCUGCUCUGCUACCAAUGCUGUGGGAACUGGAACCAGUGGUCAAACUCAAUUGUCUGUCACUGGAUCGCCACCUACUGUCACCAUCUCACAGAAUGCAUACAGUGUUGUUACUGGAGCGUCUGUCACAUUGGGAUGUGUGGUUUCUGCCACACCUCUACAUACUAAUGUCUAUUGGCAGCGCAUCGUCAAUGGUCAGGCUCAGGCUGUGGGGAUCAAUAAUUCUAAAUACUCUGGCUCCACUGUCAAUUCCCCAUCUCUUAUCAUCUUCAAUGCUGCAGAAUCUGAUGAGGGACAGUAUAUUUGUUUUGCCACUAACAUUGUUGCAACUGGACAGAGUACCCAGACAACACUUACUGUCACUGGAACUAUUCCUGUUGUGAGCAUUGUACAACCCACAUAUUCGGUCAUCACUGGACAGUCCAUCACGCUAGGAUGUACUGUGGCAUCUGACCCUAUACACACACAGGUCUUCUGGCAACGUCUGGUCAAUGGAGUAUAUACAACCAUUGGCAUCGACGGCAACAAAUAUGUUGGGUCUGGAAUCAACUCUCCCAGUUUGACGAUCUUUAAUACUGGUGCCGGUGAUAUCACCAGCUACACCUGUUCAGCGACAAAUGCUGUAGGGACAGGAACCAGUUCCCCGACAUCACUGAGUGUUACUGGAGCUGUUCCCACAGUCACUAUUCUCCAACCAAGCUAUACCAUUACCAUCGGAACAACGGUGACUAUAAGCUGUACAGUAUCUUCUGACCCUACACAUUCCACAGUCUUCUGGCAGCGCGUUAUCAAUGGGCAGACCCAGGCUGUCUCUAUCGAUGGAACCAACUUUGGUGGAUCAUCAGUCAACUCUCCAUCUCUCAUUGUCUAUAAUGCUGACCAAGCAGAUGAGGGCACAUACAUCUGUUUUGCAACCAACACGGUGGGAACUGGACAGAGUGCUCCAACUGCUCUUGUGGUCACUGGAAGUAUUCCUGUUGUGACCGUUCAGCAGACACAGUACUCCAUAGUAACAGGAAAUGAUGUCACCAUCCAGUGUACGGUGACCGCAGACCCAGCCCACAAUAAUGUAUUCUGGGAGAGGACCAUUGGAGGAAACACCAAUCAAAUUACCAUUGAUAAUUUGAAAUAUUCUGGAUCACAGCUCAACAGUCCAUCUCUAACAAUCCUUUCUGCAACCAGUGCCGACUCAGGCCUUUAUGUCUGCAAGGCUUCAAAUGUAGUUGGAACUGGCCAAAGUUCAAAUGUUCAGCUGAGNGGGGAUGUACCCUCAGUGGUUAUUGCCCAGCCCUCCUACAGUGUGGUGACAGGAAGUCCUGUGACUCUGGUGUGUACCGUGACUGCCAGCCCCUCCCAUAGCUCUGUCCAAUGGUUUCGGGUCAUCAAUGGGGUCAACCAGGCUGUCAGCAUUGGAACUUCUGGCAAAUAUGCAGGAUCAUCUGUUAGUGUGCCGUCACUUACCAUCAAUGGAGCUCAGUCGAGUGAUCAGGGACAAUAUCUCUGUACUGCAACCAACAUUGUGGGUACCGGACAGAGUUCUAUAGCCACACUGUCUGUAACUGGAAAUCUCCCCGUCGUCACUGUGGGCCAGACCACUUACACCGUAACCACGGGGGGGACAAGGGUUCUUGUGUGCACCAUCAAUGCCAACCCGGCUGCUACGACUGUGGCCUGGAGACGAUUGGUGGGAGGCGCAUCGACACCUGUCGUCAUUGAUAACAACAAGUACUCUGGAGGUGAUAUCGGAACUCCUUCCCUGACAAUCAGUAAUGCACAAAGCAGUGAUGAGGGUUUUUAUAAAUGCCAGGCUACCAAUGUGGUAGGAACCGGAGAGAGUUCCAAUACUUACCUAGAUGUAACCGGAACCAUUCCUGUUGUAACCAUAUCCCAGAAUGCAUACAAUGUCCUAGUGGGCUCAACAGCCACUAUUGACUGUGCAGUGAAUGCUAAUCCUUCUCACACCAGUGUAAUGUGGAAUAGGAUCACAUCCACUGGUGGCAAUAUUGUCUCCACACCAAUCACCAUUGAUAACAUCAACUACAGUGGUGGGUCUGUGGGCAGUCCAGACCUCAAUGUGAUCAAUGCUAAUACGAACGACCAGGGUUUCUAUGUCUGUACCGCCACCAAUGUUGUUGGCACUGGAACCAGUAACCAGGCAUUCCUGUCUGUCACUGGAGCGCCACCAACAGUGACAGUUGCCCAGACAUCUUACUCAAUCCUCACCGGAGUAACAGUUACCCUCCAGUGCUCUGCAUUUGGCAACCCAGCAGUGACAAGUAUUGCAUGGACGCGAUCAAUCAACAAUGGACCUUUCACUUCAAUCACUAUUGAUGGCACCAGCUACUCCGGGGCUACUGUCAGCAGUCCGUCCUUGAUGAUUCUCAAUGCGGAUAGUAACGACCUUGGUAUCUACAAGUGUUCUGCAUCAAACUCACUUGGCACCUCAGAGAGCGCUCAAGUGACUCUCUCUGUCACUGGAGAUCCACCAACUGUGACAGUUGGACAGACAACUUAUAAUGUCAUUACUGGUUCCGAUGUGACACUCCAGUGCUCUGUAUCAGCCAGCCCUGCUGCUGGUGUGGUUUACUGGGAGAAAACUGUAAAUAGUGCUACAACCAGGUUGACAAUCGAUGAAACAUCCUACAGUGGUUCGACCACUAGCUCGCCUUCCCUCAUUGUGUAUAGUGUCCAGACUGAUGACAGUGGUGUGUAUGUGUGUAAGGCCAGUAACGCUGUAGGAACUGGCCAGUCCCAGCAAGUCACCGUCUCGGUCACUGGAGCUGCUCCAGUUGUCGUGAUUGCACAACCUUCCUACUCUGUCACCACUGGUACUACUGCUACCCUUACGUGUACUGUGACGGCGACCCCACAAGCCUCCACCGUUAUCUGGACAAAAACUGCCAAUGGCGUUACAACUACAGUCACCAUCAACAAUGCCAAAUUCAGUGGUGGUACUGUGACUUCACCAAGCCUUGUGAUCACCAAUGCUGGCAGCAGCGAUGUGGGCUUCUACGUCUGCCAGGCUACCAAUGCUGUCGGAACAGGAACCAGCUCUCAGACCUACCUUGGAGUUACAGGAGCACUACCCAUUGUCCAAGUGCUGCAGCCAUUCUACACAGUAACUAAAGGUCAGCAAGUCACACUUGAGUGUACAGUAUCUGGUACACCAGCCGCAACUUCUGUUGCCUGGGAACGAACCUCGGGUGGAGUCACCACCAGUGUGUCUACUGACAGCACUAGCUACCUUGGUUCAACAGUCAACAGUCCUUCAUUGGUCAUCGCUGUUUCCGAUAGUGUGGACACUGGGACCUAUGUUUGUACAGCUACCAACAGUGUGGGUACUGGCAGAAGUACUACAACCACUCUGUCAGUUACCGGAGAUAUACCUACAGUGGCAAUCACCGAUCCGUCCUACAAUGUAGUGACUGGCACCUCUAUCACCAUCCCUUGUACAGUGACAGCCAGCCCGCCAGCCUCGUCUGUGUCCUGGUCCAGACGGGCCAACAUUAACGGUGCCCUAACAUCUAUCACCAUUGAUGGUACUACAUACAGUGGGGGUUCCACCAGUGUGCCAUCUCUCACUAUCGUCGCUGCAACCUCUGCUGACCAGGGAUACUAUAUCUGUUCCGCCACUAACAGUAUUGGCACGGGAACCAGUGGCCAGAGUUACCUCACCAUCACAGGAGCUGUACCAACCGUAACCAUCCCGUCCAACGCCUACUCCGUGAUCACUGGUUCAUCUAUACAGAUCCCUUGUUCCGUACAGGCAAGUCCCCCCGCCAGCAGUGUCACUUGGUCAAAGGUCACGACUGCUUCAGGUGGUAACACUGUGACCACCAGUGUCACCAUCGAUGGGUCUAAGUACCAGGGCAGCUCCUCCAGUAUCCCCAGUCUUACAAUCAACAACGCCAACAACAACGAUCAGGCCUAUUAUGUCUGUGCAGCCGUAAACAGUGUCGGCUCUGCUAAUAGUAUCCAGACCUACCUGACUGUGUCAGGAAGUAUUCCUCAGGUGACUGUGGCCCCACAGUUCACAACUGUUUUGGGAUCUUCCAUCACCCUAGACUGUACUGUGGCAGCAUCACCACAGGCCGACUCCAUCUCUUGGGAGCGAAUCAUAGGUGGAGUGACCACCACCCUCACCAUUGAUGGUACAAAGUUUGUUGGCUCAGCUGUCAAUAACCCAUCCCUCACCAUCAAUCAAGUCGCCUCAGAUGAUCAAGGAUACUACAUUUGUAUUGCCAUCAACAGUGUGGGCAUUGGAAGGAGUUCACAGGGCUACUUGAGUAUCACUGGCAAUAUUCCAGCGGUGGUGAUCAGUCGGCCAUCCUACUCUUUCGUCCUCGGAGAAACUGCCGUUAUCGACUGUGACUACAGUGCCACCCCAGAUGCCACCUCCAUUUAUUGGAACAAGAUUGUCAACACCCAGACCACUAGAAUCGUGGUAACCCAAACCAACAAGUACAGUGGCGCCACCUUGACCAACCCCACAUUGACCAUAACUGGAACAGACAGUAGCGACCAGGCCUUCUACCGCUGUGUGGUUGGCAACAGUGUCGGAGAAGGUCAGAGCACACAGGCCUAUCUCUACAUAACAGGAAACCUGCCCACUGUGACUGUUCCUCAGAGUUCUUACAGUGUUUCGCUUGAAGACACAGUUACAAUUUCGUGCACUGUGACAGCCGUGCCCUCGGCCACCACAGUGAUGUGGGAAUACACUAACGGUAAUGGAGUGAUCAGUACUGUGGACUUGACUAACUCGAGGUUUAGCGGCGGUACUUUGGCAUCACCUUCUCUCCAAAUCUCUUCAGCUAAACUCACCGACCAGGGGUCUUACAAGUGUAAGGCAACCAACAGUGUCGGCCAGGGUGAAAGCUCCGAUGUCUAUCUCUACGUCACUGGAACUCUGCCAUCGGUACGUGUUACUGUAUCAGCCUACACUGUGGAUGUGGGAAGCCAGGCAACACUUGCCUGUAUUGUGGAAGCGUCCCCCCCUGCCACCUCGGUGUACUGGACGAAGAUAGUUAAUGGUGUCACCUCAACCAUUAGCACCGCUGUGAACAAGUAUGACGGCUCCACUGUUGGCACACCAUCUCUCAUCAUCAACACUCUGGCUGUAUCUGAUGAGGGUAGCUACCGUUGUAACGCCGUCAACACUGUGGGCAUAGGACAGAGUGGUCUCACAUCCCUCAUCGUCGCCUAUGCUCCAAGAAACACAGUGGUGAACCCAUCAGCUGUGACACGCAGAGAAACCGAAUCUGUCUCAUCUGAGUGUAUCACUGAUGCCAAUCCUGCGGCUAGCUACCAAUGGAUCAAGGACAGCACCAGCCAAAUCGUGUCAAAUGAGAAGAUCCUACAAAUCAACAACAUUGACCGUGGACACGAUGGCACUUACACCUGUACUGCCACUAACAGCCAGGGGUCGGACACGGCCAGACUAACUGUUGAUGUACAGUACAAACCUAUCAGCACUAUUACAGUAGCGGAAGCCACCGUUACCCUAAGUCUUAAUGCCCAGAAGAACCUGGAGUGUAACACAGUGGCUAACCCAGCGGUGCAGACCUACAGGUGGCUCAAGGAUGGAAACCCUGUCUCUAAUGCUGAAAGCCUUGUGUACCAAGUAACCAUUGCAGACACCAACAGCUACGGCGUCUAUACCUGUUACGCCACCAACUCCAUUGGACAGUCGUCAGCUAUCGCCUUCACAGUGCAAUCGGGAGAUGUCGUCACUACCACUCCGGCACCAAUGGAUGUUGGUCUGACAACAGGAAUUAUUAUUGCUAUUGUCAUCGCAGCUGUAGCCUUCCUUCUCAUCGUCAUCAUUGCUGUCUGCUGCUGUGUAACACAUGGUGUGUGCAGGACAGACGAUGCAUACGAGUCCAAGAGGAUCAUUGUGGAGAAACCAUCUCUGCUUAGGGAACCCUCACUUAUCAUGCCACGCCAGGAAGUCAUUGCACUUCAAGAAGAUGGCUUCUACAGAAACCCAGCAUCGCAGUACCGCUACCUACCAGCCCUGGAUUACACUUACUAUGAGAGCGAGGGCUCCAAACGCGAGAGGGACAGAAGAAGCUACACCGCAUCCAUACACUGAGAAAUUCGGUUGUUGAUGAACGGCCAUUAUACCGGUAUCAUGAAGAUUUAUAUCUUCAUGAAGAAUAAGCUCAAUCAAACUGGCCUAGUAAAAGAUGAAACUUUGGUUAUUUGCAUAAUAAUUUCCCAUGUUGUUCAGUGCUAGGAUGUACCGGUAUAUGUAUGUGAAUAUUUAAAGACAUCAAGAUGUUCAGUUUCCAUACAAUUUGUUUAUAACAUGGGAGAAACUGAAAUAAGCUGAGCUUUAAUAUUCAAAAUCUAGAUCCAUUUAUCAGGAAUGACAGUUUAAAUUUUGUUUGUAUUUCCAUCUGUUCCUGUAUUGGAUGUUUGUUAAUGUAAAUGAAUCAUUCCAUGUCUGUAAUUAAUACAUAUACAUAUAUCUAUUCAUUAUUUCACAUUAAGAAAUGUGACUUGAUUUUUUUAAGUCCCUUUACAGUAUUUGAUAUCCAUAUAUACAUUCAUAUACAUACUUUAUAGCUAUUUACACAAAUGUUGACUUUGUACAUAAGAUAUUUUGUAUUUUUGUAUUUUGAAAGAUCUCUCAAUUAGGCACGGAAUCAGUAUAGUAACAACUAAACAGUCAUGUGACAUGAAUUAGGUAUGGAAUCAGUAUAGUAACAACUAAACAGUCAUGUGACAUCAAUUAGGCAUGGAAUAAGUAUAGUAACAACUAAACAGUCAUGUGAUAUCAAUUAGGUAUUGAAUUAGUAUAGUAUUAUAAAAAAAACUCCUUUUUGUUAUUAACAAAACAUCUGUAAUUGUUUUUUUACAAAUGUUGUCAAAACGUUUAAAAAAAGAAGUCUCAAAUAUAAUGUCAAUUUGCCAUAAAAAGUAUUUGUUCGCAAGCAAUAUAAGCUGUUAAUAGAAAAAGUCGAGUACUAGUAUGACAAUGUGAUUUGGAGAUAUAAUAACAUUCCGCUAUAUUUGUUAUAUUGAUUGAUAAAGUGCUGACAGUGUAUUAUAUGGUUGUGUGAAAGAUACUUUAUUAGCCGGCAUUAAAGUUGUCUACUGGUUAGCCUGUCAGUAUAUCUUGUUUUGUAUCUGUUUGGUUAGGACUAUGUAGGAAGUAUUUCAGAUCACUGAUCUUGUUAAGAAAAUUGUCAGUUUUCAAAAUUCCAUUUGAAGAAACGUGUUGCCAUGGAGUCUUUGAUCUAGCUAUGAGCUUGUCGUGGAUGUUUUCACACUGUGACUUAUCUCAUGCUUAUAAAUCUCGCACUAUAUUGAUUUUCUAAAUUUAUAAAAUUGAAAGAGCAAACUAAAUUUUCCAUGGCACAGGUAUAUCAUGUUGAUACGUAUUCAGUGUACAAGUCCUAUCUAUACAGAUGUUGUAGCCAUAGCCAGAUAGGUCUCAAUGUUAAUCAUAGUGUAUUUACAAUCAUAUUUCUACCAUCACUUUUUAUACAUAUUAGAGAAUUUACUUUGAUAUACAAAAUAAAACAUUCAAUUUCAAAGUUAUUAACA